UGUUAUGGCAAGAUGGCCUCCCUACCAUCUCCCACCCAGGUGGCGGGGGAUCAUACAAGUGUCUUUGAAGCAUGGUACAAGAAAGUAGAUCCCACUGGUAGUGGUGUAAUCCAGGCUGGACCGGCUGCGGGGUUCUUGAAAAAAUCUGGCCUCAAUGAUAACAUUCUUAGUCGAAUAUGGGACAUCAGCGACCCUGGCGGAAAAGGCUACCUUGACAAAGCUGGCAUGUUUGUAUCCUUGAAGAUGGUGGCAUUGGUACAAAAUGGAAAGGAACCCAGCUUAGCGAACAUCAACUUGCCAACGCCUCCUCCAAAUAUGGGUGAACCUCCCCCACAUCCACCACCCCCAGUCAAACCAGCCCCCCCACACCACACUCCUGCGGCUGCCCCUGGAGUGUGGACCAUAACCCCGACAGAUAGAAUGCGCUACGACCAAAUAUUUAAUUCCUUGGGACCAGAAGCCAAUAAGCUUCAUGGCAAUAAGGUUAGAGGUGUUAUGCUCAACUCCAAGCUUCCUAUGGAAACGCUUGGCAAGAUUUGGGACCUGUCGGACAUGGACAAGGAUGGCUCACUAGAUCGUGUAGAGUUCUCUAUUGCAAUGCAUUUAGUAUACAAGGUACUAGAAAACAAUCCCAUGCCAUCUGCUAUACCACAAGAGAUGCUCUCCAGUGCACAACGGGCUGGUGUCGCUCAGGGUCCAGUACCUGCUCCUCUCGCUCCUCCAUCUCAACUACAGCAAGCUGAUGCCAACAAGCAGCAGCCGAAGAUCUUAACCACUGAGAUUGAAGACAUCGAUGGGCAGCCUGCUGAAAAACAGCCCUCAGGCCCCCCUCCAGCUCCAUGGGUGAUAAGCGCAGCUGAGAAGGCGAGAUACGAUGUGAUGUUCCACAAUGCGGAUCUGGAUAAAGAUGGCUUCGUGAGUGGGAAUGAGAUCAAGGGUGUCUUCCUGCAAUCUGGCCUCCCGCAGAUGGUUCUAGCACACAUAUGGAACCUCUGUGACAUGAAGCAGACAGGGAAGCUGACCUCAGAGCAGUUUGCCUUGGCCAUGUGGCUCAUCCAGCAGAAGCUCAAUGGCACAGACCCCCCAGCCGCCCUCACCCCCGAGAUGGUGCCUCCUACCAUGAGGCCAAAGCCUUCCACUGAAUCCAAUGUUGUUCCAGCAAAGCCACAGUACAGCAACCCAGAGCUACAGUUGGUUGCUGAUGAGAUCGAGGAGCUCAACGCCGAUAAGCUCAAGCUGGAGGCGGAGAUCCAGCAAAAGGAAGCUAGCAUUAGGGUGAAGAACAACGAAUUAAAAAAUCUUCAGACUGAACUCGAUACCUUAACUUCCACCUUGCGUCAACUGGAACACCAGAAGGGAGCAGCGCAACAGCGAUUAGAUGACCUUGGGAACCAGAAAAAACUCCUUGAGGAUGAGCGGAAAGAGGUCACGGCCUUGAUAGAGGCUGAGCAGGAGGAGGUCUCAAAAUUGCGUGCCCAAGUGGAGGAACAAGAAACCAGUCUCAAGGCACAAGAGGAUGAGGUGAUGUCCAAGAGGCAGGAGCUGAAUGACCUCAAAAACCAAGAGAGCGAACUGGAGGAGAGUGUGACCUCGUUGAGAAAGAAGAUGGACCAGCUGGGAGUGACACAGCAAGAAACGCAGUUACAUAUAUCACAGGCUAAAAUCAAGAUCUCAGAAUUGCAAGACCAGGAACGGCACAUGACGGAAGUCUUAAUAGCUUAUGACUCGGCAAUCUCUUCUGGUGAUGCGUCGUCCUUAUCAGAAGCCUCGCUCAGAGACAUCACACCCACCUUUAACGACCCAAGCUACCUCCACAUAGGCCCCUCUCCGACAGAAAGUCCUAAGGACUCCCCGAAAGAACCGACAACACCACAGGAAAAUGGUUUACCAUCUCAGGAGACAAAUAAAGAUGCAUUGAAAGCCAAAGAUACCUCGUUUUCUGGAGGGCAUGAUCCAUUUGCGGCAGCUUUUGGUGGCCAGCAAAACAAUGUGGAUGUGUUUGCAUCAUGGGAUCAUAAUCCAUCUCAGCCGGCCAACAACCCACCACCUGCUGGGGACCCAUUUGGAGGAGAUGCGUUCGCGGCUCAGACAAAGGGUGCCAAAGACCCCUUUGGCAACGAGCCCUUCAGUGCGGGUGGGGGAGGUGGUCCCCCACCAAGACCCGAGAGCCCGACCCCAGCGCUUCCCCCCAAGAAAUCCAAGCAGCCUCCCCCCAGACCAGCUCCCCCCAAGACCCGGCCGGCCAAGCCCCCUCCACCCCAGAUCAACUCCAACAACAACCCCACCACCAACACCACCCCCAACAACCCCAACGCAGCCAACAACGCCAACUCGAACACAGGCAAUGUGGACCCCUUUGCCGGGGGGUGGGGGGAUAACAAGACCCCUGCCAAUGCCACCAACAACGGGGGCUUUGCUGACUUUGCGAACUUUGCCGAUUUUGAUACCAAGUGUUCCAAGGUAGUCGUCGCCAGCAACCCAGCAGCAACAUCACCCUGGGGGGAUGAGGACAAGUUUACGUCAGACGCCAAGUACCAACCAUCGACAGAUGAGGACCCCUUCGGUUCUCCCUUCACGGCAACGAAGGCCAAUAUCAGAAGCACCGAUAACUCCCCCUGGCCGCAGGAUGCCUUUGGCUCAUCAGGCUUUGGGUCAGAUGAGGGGUUUGGAGACAAUUCGGUGUUUGCUGAUGACGAUCCAUUCUCCAAAACUUCUGGAGCAGCUGAUCCCUUUGGUGGUGAUUAUGACCCCUUCAAGGACCAGGGCUUCAAGGAUGCAGACAAAUUUUCCUGGGAAGAUGAGCCUGACCCCUUCAACACAAUGCCAGAGGAGUCCAGUGAGAGUGCUGUCAAGGUGCCACUUGAUAAUGCUCCCAAGACAGAUCCUUUUGGUUUUAGUAUGAGUGAGGAUGAUACAAAUGCCAAUUUAUCCACAGAGUUUUUCAGUGUAGAUCAGUUUAAUGCAAACUUUGAGAACAACAAAGACAAACUUGAAACGAGCCAGAACACACGAUCAAAGUCAGUCAUUGGGGAUCCCUUUGCUUCCCAAGUGAAGGAAACCAUACCAGUGCGGUCCAAGACGUCUCUUGGUGAGCGACGGCUUGCAGACUUCGAUUUUGACCCAUUUUCGUCAUCUAAGGUAUCGAAUGCAGAGAAGAGCAAGUGGAAAAGUAAUGAGGACUUGUUGAACGAAAACUUUGGCCUCAGCCGCAGUGAGGGUGGAUGGGGCUCAAAUAAUCUUGCGCCCACCAGCAAGACUUCCAGCCCUUUCAACAACAGUUUCCUGAACCAGUCCCAGCAGUCAGCAAGUGAAGAGGAACAGCUAGCAUGGGCGGCCAAAGAGAGCAUUAAGUUUGAAGAGUUCCGCAAGCAGCAGGAGGAGCAGGAACGUGCAGAUCUGGAGUUAGCUCUCACUCUCUCGCGUUCCAUGACCACGGGCAAAUCCCAGACUUCACGGUCACCCUCCACGGGCCUCUAAAUAAUGCUGGGAACUAGUUGUGUACAUAUGUCAAAAUACCCAUAAAGUGAAGUUGUUAAGAGAAUUGACUGUUGAAGUUCAGAUUAUAGGUUUAAUUUUCUUUCUCUCUUUCUCUUUCUCUGUCUCUUUCUUUUUCUCUUUCUCUUUCUUUUUGUCCAGGUUGGUUUGGAGUUGACCAGAGUACAUUAUGAAAUUUAAUGUCAUUAGGGUUACUCAUCAUUGUAAUCAUUGUCGGUUUUGUGCUGAUAACCACAGUGACAAAGAUUAGAAGAUUAUCGUUAAUACUAUAAUUAUUAUUAAUAUCUUCAUUUACUUAUUUAUAUUUUUCCUACUAUUAUUUUUUGUUCCCCAUAUUACUAUUAUUGAUAUGAUAAUAAUAAUAAUAAUAAUUAUUAUUAUUAUUAUUAUUAUUAUUAUUAUUAUUAUUAUUAUUAUAAUAAUCAUUGUUGUUGUUGUUAUGAUAUUUUUUUAUGGAUCACUUACACCCACGUAUGUACUCUGCUCUGUCUCCUUUGAUUCCAGCUAUUUCCAAUACCUGAUUUCUCUUUAUUCUUGGUGUUAUUAGUAUCUUUUUUUAUAUUAUUUCUCAACUGUAUAUGCUAUAUUAUUGAUAUGUAAUUAAUAUUAGUAAGCCAUUGUUGUACUGAUUAUGUAAAUUAUUUUUUUCUCUGAGUAUACACAUAUGUUGAUAAGCAUGAGAUAUUUUGACUGCAUUUUUUUCCACAUGACUGAGCAAUUGCAGUGGGCUUUGAAGGGAAAUUUUGGUGAAGGUUUUUAUAUUUUCGUCUCUAAUUUAUCGUAUUUCCUACCCUUUAUCGUAUACAGAAAUAGUGUAUUCUUCUGUUUGCAUUGUUUAUCUUAUCACUUUAUCUUAAUCACUUAAUGGUCUUUAUUUUUUUUCUUUUCUUUAUUUUCUUCUUUUUUUUUUUGUUUCCAUUUUAUUGGUCUUAUUAGUGAUAGCAGGCAAAGAAGUUUGUUUUGUCUCCUUUGGUUUUUGUUAGUUCAGCAAAGCUACUGCCCCUAGGAAAGCAGCUAAAGAAAAUUAGAUGAAGGAAUUUGAUUUUCACCACACCCUGCUUUUGCUGUUUUGAUUAUUAUAAUUAUUUUUAUUUCUAUAUGGUUCUUAACAUCAAGAUUUUUAUUGCCUGCAUUGAGAGCAGAAUACAAGCUCGUAACUGACCAUUCCUCAUCUCUCCAAAGGAUUAGGUUUUGAUAUAUUUUUAUAGGUGUGGUUGUUUGCUCUUUAGAUGUGUGUGUGUGUGUGUGUGUGUGUGUGUGUGUGUGUGUGUGUGUCUGUCUGUCUGUCUGUCUGUCUGUCUGUCUGUCUGUCUGUCUGUCUGUCUGUCUGUCUGUCUGUCUGUCUGUCUGUCUGUCUCGUCCGUCUGUGAUUUAGAUUGCACCUACAUGUUUUUUUUUCCCUUCUUCAUUGCAGUGAUUCAUUUUAACACUGGAGGAUUAGGAACUGCUAUAGAAUGCAACAUUAGAAUAAACUGUAUUAUGAAGAUAUGGGUGGACUGUAUGUUGGCUAACAUCCCCAAGUAUGAUUAGUCUGUGUGUGUGUAUUUGUGUAUGUGUCAUGGAUGCAUGGGAAAGUUUGCAUGUAUUUAUGUAUGCAUGUAAACUUUUGUGUGCACACUCAGGUAUGUGUGUUUGUUUUCUUGUAUCUUCAUGGGGAGAUGAACUUCAUUUUCAGCUGAUUAUUGGAGUUACUGUGUUUUCUAUAUAACUUGCCUAAAGUUCUAUUCAGUAAACAGUUUUUUCUUUUCUCUUGAGUAGUGGUUAAAGGCAGUCGUAUUUGAGAAUAAAUAACGAAAUUUGCUGCAUGUCUUAUCAGAUGACAGCCAUGUGAGAUGGCUUUGAUGCAGAAAAGAAAGGAAAAAAAAAGAUAUAACAAUUAAACACAAAGCUUAGCAACACCCACUUGAUACUGAAGACAAAUCUAGCUUUGCGUUGUUGUAGUCUUCUUUACGUUUGCGUCUUCCAAGAAGCAAUAUACUAUUCUUUCUGGCCCACGUCCUUCCCAUGGGUCAAUGAUCCACUACCUCGAUCAUUCUUGUUGCUAUAGGGUCUCCCUGUCAGAGUGAAAAGUAAGAAAAAGAAAGAAAAGUAGUGAAAGAAGAAGGAAAAAGAAAAGAAGAAAAAAAGGACAAGAUAAAUGGAAGAAAAGUCAAUUUAGUGCCAACUGUAUGUAUGGUAACAGGAAUAGUGGCCAUAUAAACUUUUAUUUUUUAUUUAUUUAUUUAUUUAUUUUUCCCCCAAGAUCUGACUUCAGUGGGCUGUUUGGCAUUAGAAAAGGAAAAAAAUGGCUUACCAUGGAGGAUCAUCUUCAUUUUUGUGGACUAUUGAAGAAAGCAGGGGAGUGUGUUUAUGACUAUCAUGAGGAAAGAGAGGCAUUUAGGUUUGGGGGAGGUUGGGGGGGGUGGAGUAAAGAGGAAGGGAGCAUAGAUUGAUGUGUCUUAAAUAGUAUCCAAAACACAGAAGUGAGUGAUAAGCUACAUAAAGCAUUCUCUGUCCACAAUUCAUGGUCUUUUGUUUUUCUCUUAAUAUGUAUUUUUUUUUUCACCUUUUGUUCACAAUUUAUCAAAAAAAAAAAAAAAAGUGUUUUGACUGUACAUUUGUAGAUUAAAGUCAAUUUUUUUGGAGUAAGAUGUUCUUGUAUAGCACCUGUGGCUUAUCAUUGUCUUCCAAUUGAAUUGUAUACUAGUAUAUUAGACCAUUGUACAUUUUUCAUUCCAGCACUCAUAAUAUAGAAGCAAUAGCAAUUUGGUAUUGUGUGUCAAUUAUUAUUAAUAUUAUUAUUAUUAUUAUUAUUUAUUAUUAUUAUUUUUUUAUAUUAUGAUUUUAUCCUUAAAAACUCCUUCCCCUCCCGUGGUUAGGAAGUGUACAUUGGGCAACAUUAUGGAAGCGUUAUCUGUAUGUGGUUGAUGAGAAUGUUCUAGUCUUGCCGUUGGAAGUAAGUGCUUGGUGGAUGUCUAACCGUCCGAGUCGUCUCAUCCAGAGAAUGCUGUUCCACUGUCCAUGGGUUUAAAGUUUGUUCAAACUGAAGUGCUUUACUGUGUGAGAACCAUGUUGUCAAGAGUGAAGAAAAGUAAAGAAAAAGUAAAAGAAAAUAGAAUGAAAUAUAGAUAAAGAGAAAGCCGAAUAGGAAUUGAAAAGGAAUGAAGAGCUUUUACAAUUGUGACUGAUUUAAUCUGAUGUCCUCUUUCUGGGACUUGUUGCUUGAAGUCUGUGUGAAAGAAAAAAAAAAAAAGAUAAAAGUAAAGAUGAUAAUAUAAAAAAAGAAUAUGUUGAAAUCCCAGUGACUUGGCUCACUAAACUGGAGGACCUCUUAGCUUAAAAAUUUACAUCAUGUCAUUGUUAAAGAAGAAAUUUUUGUGUUUGAUAAAAAAAUUAAAAAACUCUCUGCAUGUUUAUAGUAAAUAAUUGGUAAUAUGUAGCUCACAUACACUGAAAUUCUGUUAAUGAUUGCAGUGAUUAACAUGUUGAUUUAGAUGUAUGUAUGAUGUACAAUGCCUUACAGGUUUGAGAAAGUUGUAUUGUAGAUUACUUUUGUGGUGUAUAAAGUUGAGUGUCCAGGUGUGCCUGGAGACUGUUUCUUGUUUCCCUGUAAAUGUAUCUGUGAAAUACUCGUGUACUGAAAUAGUGUUAAGCUAUUGUAUAAAGGCAUAGAAGCGUAUACUAGUGGCAUCCUGUUAUCCUCCUCUGGAACCUUGACCCUUCUCAAUAUCCCCCUUUCCCUUUCCCCCUUUCUCUCUAUAUCUCGUUUCUCUUCCUCCGCGUUGUUAUGGGCCUGUUUUUGGUGAGCAGCAAAGAGAUAAGUUGUUGGCCAAAGACGGUAUGUAGUAGGAGACACGUAGAUUUAGUGUGCGUGGUCAGAUGGGAAGUAAUUCAGGCUGGGGCCUGACUCCAAACUUGUUAUUUAUUAUUUUUUAUAGAUACUUUUUUAUAUAUUUAUUUAUUUUUCUUUCUUUUCUGUCUUUCUUUUUUUGUUUCUUGUUUCAUGCAGCAAAAUAGAUUUUUAAUGUCGUGUAGAUGUGGGCUUCAUUUCUCUAGUCUGGCAAGGUACUAAAAAUUUGUUCGAUGAAAACCUUUACAUUUUGAUACAGGUUGCUUUUAUUUUGUGUAAGUAAAGAAAUUUUGAAUAUAUUACUUUUGUAAUAUGUUGUUUGUGCUAUUUACUGAGCAAACAUUUACCCCAAAAUGUGCUCCAAUUGCUCUUACCUGGUUUAGUGUGGUACAUGAUUUUCAUGUGACAACAUCAGUUUGAUUGUGAAGCAGAAGACUACAAUGAUAUUUUUAUGGCUUUCCAGCAAAUCUGAGCAACAAUAUUUGAAGUGGCAAAAAGAAACAGUUUUGCAUGUUGUUUAAAAAGAUGUGGGAAGUACUUUUUCUUCAGAAAUCGUGUAUGUGUGACUAUUAUGAUUAAUAGUGUUGCUCUCUCAUAGAUGUGUUUCUUGAUAUCUCUCAAUGCUGUGCAUGGCAAGAGAUGUGACAAUUUAUGAAUGUCCUUCCAUCUUGUUACAGUUAACAAACUGGUUAGUUUUAUUGGGUGUUUUGAAAGAGACGUUAGUGAAAAGUGAUGGUGUUGUUUUAGUUACUAUUCUACUUGCAAAUGCUCUUUUUUUUUUUUUCUUUUUUUCUUUCUUUCUUUUUACUGGUAUUUCUUUUUACUGGUACUUCUAGUACUUUCAUAUCUUUUAUGGAGUAUGUAUGUUUGUUCAAUUAUUGGAUAAUUCUUUAUUUCCUCCCUUCUUCUCUUGCUUUUUUGUGGGCUCUGGUUCAGUAUGCAAAGACCUGGCAGUAUAUUGCCUUACAUGUAUAUGAUGUCAGUAUUAUAUCAUCAGUAUAGGACAGCUGGUGGUGGUGGUGGUGCAAGUGGCAAGAUUAUAUAUAAAUAUAUUUUUCUGAGAGGAUUAAUGAUAAAGGAAGAGAAAAGUCUCAUAAGAUUUGUUUUUAUAGUUUUUAUAUACAGUUUGUUGACCAUAUUGUGUACAGAUUUACCAUGGAACAGCAUAGCCAACAAAGUUUAAGCCAUGUCGCUCAUUAUAUGAAGAGUUCGAAGCCAUGCCUCCUGCACAGCAAGAAGCAGCACUUUGCUGAUUUUGAGAGUAAGUUAGAGUUACAGAUCACACACACUUACCCUGUUACAUUUUGUAAAAUCAAAUGACUGGGAAAAAACUUGCAUUUUGCAAAAAUCGGUCCACACACUCACUUUGUAGAAUGAUGAGAAUGAUAAGACUAAAUUUUUUUUUUUUUUUAGAGGAUGUGGAAUUUUGAGGGUGAUGAUAGAGGAAUGAUUACAUGGGAAUGUUGCUGUUAUGCAUUUUCAUUGAUGGAAGCACUUAAUAGAAUUGUACAUAAUCUUAUAUAUAUUUAUAUAUAUACAUAUAUAUAUAUUACAUUGAAUCUCAUUUGUUUAUAAGUUUGCAGAGUUUAUCUAAGCUGUAUAAGCUUUUAAAGUGUGCAAGUGCAGUGAUUUCCAUUUAUAUGCAUGGGGAUAUAUAUAUAUAUAUCAGCCAGAUUUUGACAUUUAGAUCCUUAAUGCAGAGUUUAGCAGAUGCAAGUUUAUAUUGUUAUAUGACCUUUUUAUGGUCUUACUGCGACAAUUGGCUGCAGGUUCCAUGUGUUUAUAGAUGUUCAGAUAAACACAAUCAUGCAUUUAUAUUAAUAUUUAGGGGACACACCACAUAGAUACAAACAUUAACAUAUACACAGAAACACACAACUAUCUGUAUGCAUUUAUAAAGUUGACAUAUGCUUAUUGAGUUCACAUAAUUUUUUAAAAUGCAGUUACCAGUCUGCAUGUCAUUGGUGAUUUAGAAGUAAAGAUGUUGAUCCACAUGUGCAAACUACUACACUGCUUGCCAUGGAAGGAAAUAAACUAUAGUAAUAAACUAAUAACGUAAGGAAUAUAUAAGUAUAUUAACUUGGGUCAGGCACAGAAUGAGGUGCCUUCAUCCACAACCUGAAAGGGGUGUGUGUGUGUCAGCGAGUUGUCUCAUUGGUAGGGUGCUUGCACUUGCACUUGCUACUGCCUUCAAAGGGUGUGCCACCACCCUCCUGUCCCCCAGCUCCCGGGUCUCGCAUUCUCUUGCCACUGGAUGAUUGAUAGCCCCCUCUCGUAGCUCUCCAGGUCCAUACACCUCUAGGUCUUCGCCACCAACCUUGUACCAAUCAUUAGGUGGUGAGGGUUGCCGCUUCACACUCCAGUGGUGAUAAAAAGAAGAAAUGGUGCCUGAGUGCGUUGCCUCUUCUCUCUUGAUGUGUCUCCAUCAUAUGUGUUCAGACUGCACGAAGACUGUACAUUUGUUAUUUCAUCUUCCCGAGGAAACUGAGUGUAAGAUAUUAAUUUUAUCUAUCCCGAUUGGUUGGUUAAUACGCCUAGUGUCGAUUUUAAGAUUUUUGCAACCCACAUGUACCUCAGAUUUGAAGCAAGAUGUAGAUGCGAUUUACUGUCAAUAAUUCUUGCAGUUCUUUUUCUUUUUUUUCUUUUUGCUGCAAACGAAGUAAAGAAGGAAAUUAUAGUUGAUUUUAUUUUAUAGUUGAUGUUGCUUCUCCCCGCCAGCUAGGGAAUUUUCCCCAGAUGCUACCACAAUAUGAAGAUUCCAGGGUUGCGCCCUCUAUAAGUCGUGUUGUUCAGUGUCACCGUCAUGUUAUCUCAGUGUACAUAAUGCUUAAUAAACAAACACGUUCACCAGAAA